AUGGCAGAUGAAUGCAAGAAGAAUUGUGAUAUCCUUCACCUAUCUCAAGCUCAGGGCCGUGAUCCACCUCCCUAUCAUUUUGAAGACAAGACAUUGAGAAUAGUCCGAGUAUUCUCGGAGCUAAGUAGUACAGAGAUGCUGCUGAUUAUAGUACGAGGCAUUAAUCUUCCAGCCCCUGCAGGAAUGGCACCCAACGACCUGCAUGCGUUUGUGAAGUUUGAUUUUCCAUAUCCAAGCACGGUAAGAAGUGAAGAGGAAACUGAUUGUACCUGUGAAAUCUCAGUCUCUGAAAUUCUUCUUUGAGAGUUUCAAAGGCCAGAGACAGCUGACAAGUGUAAUGUUGCUGCAGUCCUGUCUUUAUAUUUUUAAGACUGGUGAAGCACACACCAUCUCAUGCUCCUAUUAUUGUGCUGGAAUGGAAAUAUGUUUUGAAAUGCAACGUUUGAAUCUAUUUGAGCUUUUAAACACCGUCAAUGUUUGUCUCUUGCAGGAACAGCCACAGAGAAAUAAAACCUAUGUAGUUAAGAACACCAGCUCUCCAGGUGACAUUGCUCAAGUAUUUUUGUAUCUAGUGCUAUUGUUGGCCAAAGUAUGUGUGAUGUGA